UAAAGCACACAUCUUCCUCCGUUUGUAUCACGGAAGCAUUUCCUCAGUAUAAGACACCUAAACUCUGCUUGGAGUUUGCCAAAAGGCACCUAAAGGACUCUCGGACCAUGAGAAACAAGAUUGAAUUAUUUCGCCUGAAUGCCAAGCGUCAGAUCUGAAGGAAACAAUCCCUAUGGUGAAGCAUGGUGGCAGCAUCAUGCGUGUGGGGAUGUUUUUCAGCGGCAGGGACUGUAACACUUAUCACAAUAGAGGGAAAGAUUAACAGAGAAAAGCACAGAGAGAUCCUUGGUGAAAAUCUGUUCCAGAGCGCUCAGGACUUCCAACAGGACAACAGCCAAGAUAAUGCAGGGGUGGUUUUGGGACAAGUCUCUGAAUGUCCUUGAGUGGCCCAGCCAGAGCCCAUCUCUGGAGAGGCCAUAAAAUAGCUGUGCCGCUGACGCUCUCCAUCCAUCCUGACAGAGCUUGACGGGAUCUGCAGGGGAAAAUGGGAGAAACUUCCCAAAUACAGGUGUACCAAGCUAGUAGUGCCAUAGCCAAGAAGACUUAAGGCUGUAAUCGCUGCCAAAGGUGCUUCAACAAUGUACUGAGUAAAGGGUCUGAAUACUUACAUAAAUGUGAUAUUUCAGUUUUUGAUUUUCAAUCAAUUAGCAACAAUUUCUAAAGAAUACUGUUUUGCUUUGUCAUUAUGGGAUAUCAAUUUUAGAAUAAGGUAACAAAACGUGUAUUAAGUCAAGGGGUCUGAAUGCACUGUAUAGUAUGUGGUCGUAAUUCUGCUAAAACUGCACUAGAUGGCAACGUCUCAACUGUUUUAGGAUCGUGCUUAAAAGAGCCUUGCACGUCACUUAAUGUCACACAUGUUCUUCCGCUCUUAGUCCUCAUUUGAAUUGAAUUUAAAAGUGACUGUAUCGAAUUUAUUGUAUUGGAAUAUUUGUUAUGUUUAUUGAUAAAGUAAAUUAUGUAUGUGGUAACAUAAAGGGCCUGUGCCCCUCAGAGUAAAAGUCCUAUCCUGUAUCAGAGCAGCACAUGUUGGUGGAGACAUUUUUAUUGUUUAGCAUGAGUUUUGGUUAUUUAGAUACCCAAAAGCAUAGUUUCCAGUUGAAGAUGGGAAAAAUACUAUAUUGAAAUGUGGGCAUUAGGCACUGUGCACACUCGCUCACUUUGUGAUUGACAAACAACCAGACAGAGAAAGAGGAGGGGGGUGGGGGUGAGUAAGAGAGAUAAUUCUCUCACUCAGACUAGACCAUUGCAUUGAAUGUCUUGGAAGUACUCAGAUUGAUGAGAUGAUCACUCAAUUUUUACACGUGUUGGAAACUAUGAGAAGAAAGAGGCCACGAUGAAAAAAUCCAAUACCCCAAAUCCAGUAUCAGAAGAGGGAUAAUGUCAAUACCAAACGGGACUGGAGAAACGGGCGCAAAGGACUACACCUAUGUACGGGUUUGUGCGUCGACCGUCUCCUUCAUAAUAUUGGCGUUCUUCAACAUCGUCAUUAACUGGACUAUAGUGCGCGAGGAGCGACUUCGGGGCCAUGCGCGCUUUGUGUUAGUUUUUCACCUGUUGAUGUCAGCUCUGGUGUACUUUGGGAUGUGCUCUGUUUUCUACCUCCAGAUUUACCUCGGCGCCAGGCUGGUGGCAUCCAUCUGUGUGGCCAUGGUAACCGUCCUAAUCACCAGCGCGUCCAAUAUACUCCUGACUCUCACUGCUAUGGCGCUGGACCGUUAUUUUGCUGUCUGUCACCCUAUGAAGUACAGUUCUGUCUGGCAUUGGCCCUGGUUAGUUGGACUACUGACGUGGGGGCUCGCGCUGGUUAUUCCCCUCACUCUGCUCCCCAAGACGGAGCUGGACGCAACUGGUCCAAAUGGGGAAUGUGGACGGGAACAGCUGAAGAAAGGUGAACUGAAAAAAAUCUUGCUGAUAUCUGUGUGUACGAUAUUGAUUCUGUACAGUUAUGUAAGGAUACUGUUUGAGGGGCGAAGGUUGGGGGUGAUAAAUCGACGCAAUAGUGUCGGAUGCAAGACCAUCGCCCUGCACUUUACUCAACUCGCCGUGUACAUCCUCCCCAACUUUGUGCUAAUAGUUAUCCAGAAACAAGAACACCUUCAGUCGGGGACCAAAGAACUGUCAGCGGUGGUGAGCUUUGCCUUCUUUAGUUUGGCGCAGUGCAUAGCACCAAUCGUCUACGGUUUGCGUAAAGAGGAACUCUUGGAGCAGGUGCAUCGCCGGUUCCCUUGUUGUUCCCGCCACCUGAAAAGCGUUCUCGAGUGGACCGUGCGUGCCACGACGCCUCGUCUGCAUCCACAGCCACGGGAAAGAACAUUGACAUCCCAGACACUCAUCUCACUGGAGCCUCCACAGACACCAGUAUAAGGGAAGAGGGAGCCCCUCACUACUAACUCAACUACCCCUGUAACAGACCCAUCAGUAUGUCUCCAGUGCUCCAUAGGCUGGGCUAAAUAUGUUUUGUACCAGACUGGUACUGCCACCCAAAUGCCAUGGAGACGCUGGUGGAAUGGAGGGUGUAGCAACUAGACAUCACAACACAUUUGGAAGUAUAUUGUAUAUCCAUAUAGUGUCGAUUCACCCUCUUUUGCUGAUUCAUUCAUACAGUACUUGAAUAUCCAGCAUCUGCACAAAGCUGUGAAAGUGCUUCUGUUCUACCCAGGAUGUAGUGACUUUAUAGGAAUGGUUAUCACUAUGAACAUACCGGCCCCAGACCUGUAUUAUGUUAACUGUACAGUGUCAGAGAAGAGUCCAACGAGGUUUUGACUAAUUGGACUGAAAAUAUACCGUACAAAACAGUGGCACAGCCAGAUAUAUGGGUGGGCCAAAAAUAUACACUACAGUUCAAAGGUUUGGGGUCACUGAGAAAUGUCCUUGCUUUUGAAAGAAAAGCAAAAAAAAUGGUCCAUUAAAAUAACCCGCAAAACACCAGUCUCGACGUCAACAGCGAAGUGGUGACUCCGGGAUGCUGGCCUAGGCAGAGUUGCAAAGAAAAAGCCAUAUCUCAGACUGGCCAAUAAGAAGAAAAGAUUAAGAUGGGCAAAAGAACACAGACACUGAACUCUGCCCAGAAGGCCAGCAUCCCGGAGUCGCCUCUUCACUGUUGACGUUGAGACUGGUGUUUUGCGGUUACUAUUUGAUGAAGCUGCCAGUUGAGGACUUGUGAGGCGUCUGUUUCUCAAACUAGACACUCUAAUGUGCUUGUCCUCUUGCUCAGUUGUGCACCGGGGCCUCCCACUCCUCUUUCUAUUCUUGUUAGAGACAGUUUGCACUGUUCUGUGAAGGAAGUAGUACACAGUGUUGUGUAGCUAGCUAACACAACAUAGUUAGCUAACACAACGUGCCAUUGGAACACAGGAGUGAUAGUUGCUGAUAAUGGGCCUCUGUACUCCUAUGUAGAUAUUCCAUAACAAAUCAGCCAUUUCCAGCUACAAUAGUCAUUUACAACAUUAACAAUGUCUACACUUUAUUUCUGAUGAAUUUGAUGUUAUUUUAAUGGACAAACAAUUUGCUUUUCUUUCAAAUACAAGGACAUUUCUAAGUGACCCCAAACUUUUGAACGGUAGUGUAUAUAUAUUUCCUACAAUAGAGGAAAAUGUAUAGUUUUAUAGCUCAUUUCAUUCUAUUCUACACAUUUUGCCAUGAGGCUUAGAGAAAUUUUAUAGCUAAUUGAAGCAACAAGCUAAUUGAAGCAACAACGAAAAAAAUAGGUGUGUUGAUUGUGAUAAAGGCACUGGAUUAUGAGCUGUCUGGUGUGCUAAAUGAACAAAUGAAAUAAACCGUGACAUGGUGUAUAUAUAGCCAUAGAAGCACAGUGACAUUAUGCCUCAAUGCAGUCAUAUUCGUGGCUUAUUGGGGGUGUGGCUUGCAGUUAGUUAUUUUUGGCAACCCACCCCGUGAGUGAAUGUCAUUCCAGUGAAUCUGUUUUUAUAUUUCAUCAAAUCUGACUAAACCAGUGUUUGCUAUGAAUUUUAUCUUAUGGUGUUUGCAAGUUUCGGUAAAAAGACAAAUAAUGUCCCGUUUGGAAACCAGACAAGUAAAGAGCAUUUUUGCUCAAUCUCAUUGGGUGGGUGUGGCUCCCCUGCGCCUACUCCGCUAGUACAAAUCCCCCAGAAGACACCAGAAUUGACUGCAUGAGCAUUGUGCAAUUUAGCCUACUAUGCAAAAGUUGAUUCCUUUCAUGAUAAGUGAAGCAGCAAUUACUUUCUUUGUGAGAUAAAGUCAAGACAAUACGUACUACUUGAAAUGAAAAGACUCCAAUUAAUUCAAGCAGAAGCCAGAUUGAACAUUAUUGCCCACCCCCACCAUAUGGACCCGUGACAGAUUUUCAGUAAUACAAGAGUUAAUACUGUGAACAGCAUGUGAUCUGGAACAGUAGCAGCUCUGUGGUUGAGCUCGAGUCACUUCAGUUUGUCAGACUUGGCACUCACUGUACACUCAGACAAGGGGAAAUUCUCAACGGCAAACCGCAAGAGUUCCUCAUUACUGGCGCAGCAGAUAGCCUACAUGCAAAAACACAACCAAACUAUGAUUCGUAGUGCACAUUCACAGAGGAUGAAGCAGGGGACAAUGUUUGACAUCGACACAUUAUCAGUCUUCACACACCACAACUCAUUCCUGUAAUUGCCUGGUUAGGUUCGGUAAACGAGGAUGUUGAUGAGGUGAAACUAAGAUUAAGGUUCAGAUGAGUGGACUGGAGGGGUUUACCUGCUCAGACCCACAUUACACAAGGUUUUAAUCCUGGACUAUAAAGUGCUUUUAAUGAA